AUGUGCCCUCCAUCGGACAAAAGUAACGCAACCGAUGAUCGAGUGAUCGAUGCGGCCCUCAGUAAGCAAUCGCUGGUAUCGUUGGGUAUAAUUGGCGGCGCGUCGGCCAUAGAGAAGGUCCGAUUCGACGGAAACACCGCCGAGUUUUGGACAAAACACGCCCAAUAUUUGGACACAGAGUUGGCCCGUCUGUUGCCCGCCAUUCGGCCCGAUGUCAUAGUUGUGGAUCAGGCGGUGACACUGCCAGCGGUCGAGUUGUCUGGCAUACCGUGUGUGUGGCUCUGGAGCUCCAGCCCUCUUCUGAUCCUCGACGAUGAGAGGACACCGCCCGGGGAAUCAGGACUGUCCGCAACGGGAGACCCGAGACUGUGGCACGAGUUUCACCAAUUGGUUAGAGACGUGAAGAUAGAGAAGUGGCGGGCGUUUAAUGAUUGGGUGGUCGGCCGGGGCUGCGAACCACUUCCUGAACACUGCUUUUACAACCCAUCGCAUUAUCUUCAUAUAUACGGCUAUCCCUUGGAGUUAGACUAUCAGGACAUCCGGCCGUUGGGUCGUAAUUAUGUCCGCUUUGAUAAUUUUAAGCGCACCGAACGGCACAUGACAUUCGCUGUGCCGCAAGAGUUGGCCGCAAAGCCCGGAGCGUUGAUCUACUUCUCGUUUGGCUCUCUCUGUCCGGUCGACGUGCAAAACAUGCGCCGAUUGGUUGCCAUUUUGGCCAAAUCUCGGCACCGUUUCAUCGUAUCGAUGGGUCCGAAGCAUAUGGAGUACACUCUGGCCGACAAUAUGUGGGGCGCGGAGUCUGUGCCACAGAUCCGAGUCCUACCGCUCGUAGAUCUGGUCAUAACUCACUGCGGCUCCCAUAGACUUUCUGCUACGGGAGACCCAAAACUGUGGCACGAGUUUCGCCAAUUGAUUAGAGACGUCAAGAUAGAGCAGUGGCGGGCGUUUAACGAUUGGGUGGUCGGCCGGGGCUGCGAACCACUGCCCGAACACUGCUUUCACAACCCAUCGCAUUAUCUUCAUAUAUACGGCUAUCCCUUGGAGUUAGACUAUCAGGACAUCCGGCCGUUAGGACGCAAUUACGUCCGCUUUGAUAACUUUAAGCGCACCGAACAGAACAUGACAUUUGUUGUGCCGCCAGAGUUGGCCGCAAAGCCCUAUGAAUUGAGCAAUAAGUAUAGUAUAGUCGGCAAAAUCAGGAAAUUAGUAAUUUUGCGCAAAAUUCUCAAUAAGUUGCGACACUUUUGCCAAACUAUUAUCGGUUUGUAUUCUUCGGGAGACUUCGGCCAAGCGUUCAGCCAAUGCUUUAUUGUUGAGCAGAGUCUCGAUCGCCGCCAACAGCUCCUCUUCCGAGCACUUGACUCGGAUCUGUGGCACAGACUCCGCGCCCCACAUAUUGUCGCCCAGAGUGUACUCCUUAUGCUUCGGACCCAUCGAUACGAUGAAACGGUGCGGAGAAUUGGCCAAAAUGGCGACCAAUCGGCGCAUGUUUUGCACGUCGACCGGACAGAGAGAGCCGAACGAGAAGUAGACCAACUUUCCGGGCUUUGCGGCCAACUCUGGCGGCACAGCGAAUGUCAUGUGCCGUUCGGUGCGCUUAAAAUGAUCGAAGCGGACGUAAUUGCGUCCCAACGGCCGAAUGUCCUGAUAGUCCAACUCCAAGGGAUAGCCGUAUAUAUGAAGAUAACGCGAUGGGUUGUGAAAGCAGAGUUCGGGCAGUGGUUCGCAGCCCCGGCCGACCACCCAAUCGUUAAACUCCCGCCACUUCUCGCGCUUCACGUCUCUAACCAAUUGGCGAAACUCGUGCCACAGUCUCGGGUCUCCCGUAGCGGAAAGUCCUAUAAAUUUGGCAUUCAUUUAACUCGC